AUGGAAUAUCAUAAAUUAGGAGAUCUAACACAUUAUAUAGCUAGAAAUUUUUUUGAUAUUAACUGGUACAAUAAAUUAAAUAUAUUACGAAAUAUUAUAUAUGGACUUAAAAAUAUUCAUGAUGCAAAUAUUAUUCAUAAAGAUUAUCAUAGUGGAAAUAUUUUUUUAGAUAAAACGAUAACGGGUGAUUUAGGAUUAAGUGCCAUUGAACAAUCAGAUAGUGAUGAUGAUGAGAUAUAUGGAAUCAUUCCUUUUGUUGCUCCAGAGAUUUUUCAAGGACAAAAAUAUACUAAAGCUUCAGAUAUAUAUAGUUUUGGUAUGAUUAUGUGGGAAUUAAUGACAGGUAGAAGACCAUUUUGGAAUCAAAAUCAAGAUAUACAACUUAUCAUUGAAAUAUGUGAUGGUCUUCGUCCCCCAACUGUUACAGAUGUACCUAAAGGUUAUACUGAAUUAAUGAAAAAAUGUUGGAAUUCUGAUCCAAAGAAACGACCAAAGGCUGACGAAAUGUCCGAUGAAAUUGAAACUAUUAGGAGUAAUGAAUCUAAGAGAAAUAAUUCAACUAAAAUUAUAAAAUCAUCUGAUAUUGGACCUAAAACAACAAAUAAUCCAGAUGAAGUCUAUGAAAGUAGAUAUUUAAGUACAAUUAUAAAAUCUGUAGACACUACAAGAAGCUCAAGAACUGUCUUAAAUAAAAAAAGAAAGUUUGAUGAUAACCUUUCAGAAGAUAAGAUUGCAAAAAGAAUUAAAAUAUUUGAACAUGAAUAUGAUGGAUAUAUCACAAUGGAGAUCGAAUUUGAUAUUGACAUUAAUAUUAAUUAGAAUUUAAUUUAAAAAUGUU